CUCUGAUGAUCCUCCUCCACAAUCUCACUUCCAUGAAACGUCUUCGGACAUUUACAGCACUGCCAGCCCGUUGAUUUCCUGUACGGCUUUGCGAGUACACGCCAUCAGCAUGGUACCGACAAGGGCGUAAGGCGAAAGAUCUGCGUACCCGUUCCCCACAUUCACAACAAUGCCGCCGAGGGCAGGAUUCUCAUGCGGCUCAAGCCGUUGUCCAGAUGCUCGAGCCUGCUCAGUGUACGAGCCGCAGCUGAGAGGAACCGGGGCAGGGGCAUGCACUGUAGAAGAGAUGGAUGUUCAGAAACGUCACACCAGCAACAGUUUCCAAGACAGGGAAUAGUUUGCCAUUCAUCUUUACGAAUCUUCAUUUUCCUCACGAUGCGUGCGGGGCGCGGAGCGACGAGACUGAUGAUGCAUUCCCUCAAUGUCGAUGCCCAGAUGGAUUCAUCGGCUUGGUUAUAUUGCAUGCACUUCCUAACGCUCAACCUGAGCUACCUACGUCGAACUCAAAACAGCCGUAACUCCAUCGGAUGAUGAAGACGUCAAGGAUUUCAGACGAGCUUAAUGGGCUCUG